UCAAUUGGUUUGGCAUCUUUCUACAAGAUUUAUCUUAUUUCUUUGAGGGUAAAACAGAGUACCUGGAGAAAAGAAUAGACUUUGAAACUAAAUCAGUAAAGUUUGGGUUUUUACAAUCUCACCAACCUACUAGUCUGAUAAAGGAGGUGAAUAUAGAGCACAUGUUCUUCUUCAUCAUGCAGCCCUACCAAACUCUCAAAGGUCAAAUAAAAGGUUUCUGGAUCUUUUUUUUCUUUGCCUUCUUCUGAUUUCUGGGUAGCUGUUAAAGUUAAAGUUUCAAUUUUUAGUGUAGAAAGGUUAGAAUUUGCUAUUGGAUCAUCUGCUAAGCUCGGUUUACUUUUCCUGGAACAUCGAUUGUAUUGAGGUUCCUGUUGUAUUGGAUUAAAGAUGUCUGCAGAGGAGAAGAACCUUAUAGAGAUCUUGGAGGAAGGUCACACAGUCGAUGUUGUUAAGUACAUUGAUUAUGUCAGUGCCCCUCAAGCUGGUGCUAUAGCGACAUUCUCAGGCACUACAAGAGACAUGUUCGAGGCCAAGACUGUGUUGGAGCUAAGAUAUGAAGCAUAUGUGCCAAUGGCCACACGAUGCCUCAGCUCGAUCUGUACAACUGCUAGAUCAACUUGGGAUAUCCACAAGAUUGCGGUUGCUCACCGUCUGGGACCAGUUCCUGUUGGAGAAACUAGCGUGUUCAUUGCGGUCUCGUCUGUUCACCGCGCAGAUGGUUUAGAUGCUUGCAAGUUCUUGAUUGAUGAGUUGAAGGCAUCGGUUCCGAUAUGGAAGAAAGAGGUUUACACUAAUGGAGAGAUUUGGAAGGAAAAUUCUGAGUUUAUGGAGAAAAGAUUGGAGCUUGCAGAGAAAAGAGACAGCAUUGUAGAAAAACCUGUGGUUGAAGAACAUAGAAGAAGAGGUUGCUGUGGAAGCAAAGUUAGAGUAGAAGAAGAUGAAGAGCAUAAAGAUAUUACAGGAGAUAACAAAUCUUCUUCUUGAUUACUUGUAGCAAAGAGCAAUGUUUCGUUUUUUACUCACAAUAAACAAAAUGUCGUAAUCACAUUGUUGAAUCUAAAGACUUGAUAUGCGUUAGUUGGUGCCAGACUGGGCAUAUACUUGCUACUGCUUGGAUCUGUAAGAAUGAAAACGAAGAUACUGCAAGAUUGUACUGCU